CAUGGGAUCUUUGGUGGGACAUUUGGCACCCGGGUUUUGGUUUCUUCUCAAGGGUUUUUGGCACCUUCUCAACCAUAUCAAACUUCAUGUUCAAAACCCCAAAACCUAUCAUUCUUUACCAUGGUUUCCCUCCACCAAGAUACGGUAUUUGGAGCUUUACGUCAUCAUGGUAGGUUGUUCCAUGUUCAUAGUUAUGGAGCUAUUUAUUGGACCAAAUCGCCACCAGCCGUUUGAUACCGAUGGAACCAUUCCUUCCAACCAUCUACACACCUUUGAGCACUCAUUAAUCUCCCUGGCCUUUUUGGUCUAUGGUGCCUUUGGGAUACUACUAGAUAAGUUUGUACCCAUAGCGCAAUACGAAUUGACUCAUUUAAUUGAAGGUAUUGCCUUUGGGCAACAACUCCUCCUCUUCCACUUCCACUCAGCUGAUCACAAGGGUGUCGAAGGACAGUACCAUAUGCUUCUACAGAUACUAAUUCUCAUCUCUUUUAUCACUACCCUUAUGGGCAUUGGCUACCAGAAAAGCUUCAUAGUUAGCUUCAUAAGGUCCAUUAGCGUACUCUUCCAAGGUCUCUGGCUCAUUGUCAUGGGUUUCAUGCUUUGGACUAGAAGCUUGAUUCCUAAAGGUUGUUUCUUAAACCUGGAAGUUGGUCACCAUGUUGUCCGGUGCCAUGGAGAAGAAGCCUUAGAACGGGCGAAAUCGUUGGUGAAUUUUCAGUUUUGCUGGUAUCUAAUAUGGGUGACAAUCUUUGCUGUAUUGAUUUACUUGGCUAUACAUAAAAUCUAUGCGGGCAAUGUGGAUUAUCAAUCAGUAACAACGUACGAUCUUGAAAAAGUUCAUGAAAAUAUUGAGGCUCAAAGGAAACUCUGUGAAUCACAGAGCUUUCUUGUAAUGAAGAAAUCUUUUUCUCCCGUUGACAUGGAAGAGUAGAUAUAUAAGGAAUAUGAAUAAAAAAGAAGCUCUGAAUUGGUCAAUUUUACGGUAUCUCUUAUGUAAGAUCCAUAGAAAAAAUAGACAGGGUUAUACCUUCAAGGCUAUGUAGGACAAAUAUACACUUUAAACCUCCUUUUUUAUAUAAAUACAUACAAAAAAUCAAAUAUUAUUAUC